UCAAUAAAUCAUUGCCAAGUACGUUCGAGAACGCAGAGUUGACUCAGAUCAUUGAACGUGCAUCACUUCUUGCAAGGCAAAUCAACUUCCUUCGGUACAUUCAGUUCUUUCAUUGUACUUGCUUAACGUACAGCAUACGUUGAAAAAUAUCAAACCAUGGCUCGCCGUGAGUGUUUCUUCGAUUACUCUGACCCAUUAACAGACCUUCCAUCUCCCCCUCAAGAGGCCUCAAUCACACCUCCGCGAGAAGCUUCACCGUCACCCUCAUUCAACUGUCCAAGUUGUUCCGAUUCACCCUCUUUCAUCCGUUACGAUGUGGUUAGCCGACCCAAUGGCUGGCCAGAAAUGCGACGAGAACACGGUUUCUUGGAAGCUCAGGCCAUGGCUUUGGGGGGUCAAAUUUAUGCCACUCCCCCCGCCUAUCCUUCAGUGCCUACAAGAUGGGAUCCACGUAACCCUUGGGGUCCAAUCAGACAACGCCCUUUUCCACUCUCAGUGUCACCCCCUCAAGGGGCGUUGGGUUAUUAUACGUCAUCCUCGCCACCAGGAAGAGAAUGCAAAUUUUGCAAGAACAAUGGCGAAACCCAGGAGUUGUAUCGCAGCCACGUGCUUCGGAAUCCUGCCACUGGCCAGCUGAUCUGCCCGGUACUGCGUGGUCACACUUGUGAGAUUUGCGGUCAAACGGGUGACCAAGCCCACACCAAGAAUUAUUGCCCGAGAGUCAAGGAGAAGUUGAGAGAGGCUCUUCCACUCCAUCUGAAAAAGACCUCGCGUCAAAGUGACGGACACUUCCGUUGAAGGUUAAUAGACCUUUUUUUUCUUGGUUUGAUUCUAGAAUAUUCGAGACAUGGAAAAAUUGGCAGUCUUGUUUGUUUUGCAUGUAUGUUUGUGAAUUAUGAAUAAUUCAAUGGAUAACAUUUUAAAUUAUGAAUGCCUUGAAUGAAUAAAUCAAUGCCGUUUGUAACCGAUCCAGGUUCGGCAAGAAACACGUUAAA